GCGAUACGCCCAACAACGGAAUCUCUUGGGCAAGCAACACGCGCGCGGUGGCGAUGUCGAUCUCGCAGUUCUACAUCCUAAGCAGCCGAGGGGACUCAAUCCUCUUCAGCGACUAUCGAGGCGACGUUCCGAGCGACAGCUCGGAAGUGUUCUUCCGUAAGGUCAAGUUCUGGGACAAGGGGGGCACGGCGCCGCCAUCGUUCCACGUCGACGGGGUCAACUACCUCUUCGUGAAGAAGAACGCGCUGUACUUUGUCGCGACGACUCGGUACAACGUGUCACCGAGUUAUAUCUUGGAGCUCCUGACCCGUCUCUGCCGGGUCUUCAAGGACUACUGCGGAGUUUUGUCCGAGGACACCCUGCGCAAGAACUUCAUCCUCUGCCUUGAACUGUUGGACGAAACCUUGGAUUACGGUUAUGCACAGGACACGAGCACAGAAGGGUUGAAAGCACACGUACACAAUGAAGCGAUUCUCGUCGGCGAAGCUGCCUUGGCCAAGACCGCGAGCAGCAGCAUGUUCCAUCGCCAGACGAACAUGAAGGCUGCCGUGUCCGCGAACAAGCCUAUCGCAAAUGCCAACGCCGGGACCUCGAGUAAGGACAAGCACAUAAACGAGCUAUUUUGCGACAUCCUCGAGCGAUUGAACGUCAUGUUCUCCCCGGGUGGACAAAUGCUCAACUCUUCGGUGGAAGGGCGGAUCCAGAUGAAGUCGUACUUGGCAGGGAACCCAGAGCUCCGCCUGGCGCUCAACGAAGAUUUGAUCAUUGGUGGCCACGGUGCCAGCAACCUGUCGAACUACGGCCAAGUCAUGCUGGACGACGCAAACUUCCACGAGUGCGUGCAGCUGGACGAGUUCGAGCGCGACCGUGUGCUGGUAUUCACGCCGCCGGAUGGCGAGUUCACGGUGAUCAAUUACCGACUCACCGGCCGUGAUUUUCGCGCGCCAUUUCGCAUCUUUCCCUAUGUCGACGAAGUGUCGCCGACAAAGAUCGAAGUGACGCUCAAGAUCCGCGCCGACAUGCCCGACAACAACUACGGCGCCAACGUGAUUGUGCGAUUCCCUGUGCCCCAAAGCACGAUCGCGGUUGCUUGUGACAUUGGCAAGAACACUGCAGGGCAACUGGCUGAGUUCCGACAGAGCGAGAACCAAGUACGAUGGGCCAUCAAGCGUUUUCCUGGCGGCGCUGACAUGACCCUUCGCGCCAAGGUUACGCUGAGCGCUCCGAGCUCCCACGUGCGCCGCGAGAUUGGCCCGGUCAGCCUCAACUUUGAGAUUCCCAUGUACAACGUGUCGACGUUGCAAGUGCGAUACCUCCGCAUUCCCGAACAUGCGCGGCACCCCAACUAUUCCUACAAGCGGUGGGUGCGGUACGUGACCCAGUCCAACUCGUACGUGUGCCGCAUCUAGACGACCAAAGGGUCGAUUUGUACAGCGUGAACAAAGGCUUUGCCAUGGACACAGGAUCACUCAAAAGCUUAGAAACCCAUUUCUCGGUGUGUCUGGUCGCAUUAGGUUUGAUGCGCUGGACUGAAAUGACCUGUCUCGUGCCUUCGAAGGCGUUGGACGUUCGAGGCACCUCAAAGGGCAAUGGGAGGCAGACUCUUGCCGAUCGCGGCUGUCCUCGGCGCUGCGCCGCGAGAUGACCUUGGACAUGUAAACUUAGCAUGAUCGAAAAAAUUUCCGUUCGGACUUUACCGUAAACUGUACGUACAGCAAGUACUUC